CCUUGCUGCCAGACAGACACUGUGAGGUACAACUUUACAUUCUUUUAAAAAUAACCACGUGAUUUUUAAUUGUUGUCUUUAUUGCUUUAAUAGUUGGUGAGAAGGCUGCAUAAGAAUCUAAAAAGCUGUACAGAAGAGUGGUUGGAGCUGAUAAGAAUCACUACUCAGCGUAACACAGACAAGCCACGUAGCAAGCCAGAAGACCAGUGGAACAUGUACAACAGAAGUCCCAAGUUCAAAGCAGUGGCCAAAAGACGCAGUCCUGUCCUGAUGAAAGAUGGUUUUCAAUCACUUUCCUUACCAGUAUGUACAGAAGCUUCUGCAGUGCCGCUGCCACCAGAUUUGGAUGAUCAAAUAGAUUUUCCUGUGACAGAGCAGACCACCAGAGAGUCUCAACAGGAGCAGAAGGUGUCCAUGAAGCUGCACGAAGGAGAACAGGACAUGCAGGCAGCAGAACACACCUUGUACAAUCAGUAUGAGGAAAAGAUCCGGCCUUGCAUUGAUCUCAUUGACAGCCUGAGAGCACUUGGAAUAGAAAAAGACCUGUCAUUGCCUGCAAUUGCAGUGAUUGGAGACCAGAGCUCUGGGAAAAGCUCCAUCCUAGAAGCCCUGUCUGGUGUUUCUCUUCCUAGGGGCAACGGUAUCGUUACUCGAUGUCCCCUGGAACUUAAACUGAAAAAAAUACCCACUUCACAGGAAUGGAAAGGGAAAAUUUCUUACCGCAAUAUCAGUAUAGAGCUGCAGCAUGCAUCAGAGGUGGAGAAUGCAAUAAGUAAUGCCCAGGAUGUUGUGGCUGGUACAAAGCGCAACAUUAGUGGAGAACUAAUUUCCCUAGAAAUCUAUUCCCCGGAUGUCCCAGACCUGACACUAAUUGAUCUUCCUGGAAUUGCCAGAGUGGCCAUGAGGAAUCAGCCACAAGACAUUGGGGAACAGAUCAAAACGCUAAUUAAAAAAAUUAUUAGCAGCAAAGAGACAAUCAAUUUGGUAGUGGUGCCAUGUAAUGUGGAUAUUGCAACAACAGAAGCACUGAAAAUGGCUCAAGAGGUGGACCCUAAGGGAGAAAGGACACUUGGGAUCCUCACAAAACCUGAUCUGGUGGACAUAGGAACUGAAGAGUCCAUCAUUAGCAUAGUACAAAAUGAGGUCAUCCCCCUUAGAAAAGGCUACAUGAUUGUGAAGUGUCGUGGGCAACGGGACAUCCACAACAAACUGGCCUUGGCUUCUGCCAUCCAGCAGGAGAGACAAUUCUUCAAGACUCAUAAAUACUUCAGCAUUCUUCUGGAUCAAAACAAGGCUACUAUUCCUCAUCUGGCAAUGAAGCUCACAAAUGAACUUGUGGCACAUAUUAUUAAAACUUUGCCUUCCAUCGAGAACCAAAUACGUGAGGUGCUGCAAAAAUCAGUGCAGGAACUACAAAAGUACAGACGAGGCACACCCACAAUAGAAACAGAAAAGCUGGCUUUCCUCACAGAUUUGAUCAAACUAUUUAAUCAAGAUGUCUCUCGGGUGAUACGUGGAGAGGAACACUUGCUUGGAAAUGAAAACAGACUUUUUGCAAAACUCCGCAAAGAAUUUCAAACAUGGGGACUAAUUCUCAUGGAAAAUGCUGCCAAGGUUCAAAAAAGCAUACCCAGUAAAAUAUGGAAAUAUGAAGACCAGUACCGUGGACGGGAGUUUCCAGGCUUUAUCAACUACAGGACAUUUGAGGACAUUAUAAAAGAGCAAAUCCUAGACCUAGAGGAGCCAGCUAUUGUGAUACUGAACAACGUGAUCCGACUGGUUGAAGAGAAAUUUCUGGAGCUCACUAACAAGCAUUUUGCUAAUUUUCAAAAUUUAAAUAGAGCUGCUCAGACCAGAAUUGAUGUCAUUAGAGAUAUACAAGCAAUGAAUGCUGAAAAUCACAUCCGGAACCAGUUUAAAAUGGAGAGAAUCGUAUACUGCCAGGAUAACAUUUACUUGGAUGAUUUAAACUCUACCAAGGCAGAAGUACUCAGCAAAGACAGUGGGAAGGAGAUCAGUUUUGGAUCUGUUUCAAAUCAGAAUGCCAUCUUCGUCCAGGAAAUGAUUUCUCACACGAAGGCCUAUUUUACUGGAGCAAGUAAACGCCUCUCCAAUCAGAUUCCUCUGAUCAUCCUGUCUGCUGUCCUUCAUGACUUCGGAGACAACUUGCAGACCUCAAUGUUGCAUCUUUUGCAAGAAAGGGAAAAAUUAAACACUUUACUUCAAGAGGACAGUGAAGCCGCUAAAAUUAGGAAUUACCUCAGUGCCCGAGUUAAUCGUCUCAGCAAAGCCUACCAGUGCCUGAAGGACUUUAGCUGCCUGUAGAUUUCUUCACUUUUCAGACAUAUUUUUCUACUUUUGUUUUCUAGCAUUACUGAUGUAAAAUCCUCUAAAAUAUAACAUCAGCAGUGACCUUUACUGCCAGUUUCUCGAAUUUU